AUGUGUUUGCACACGAGACACGACUAACCAUGUAACGAGUAAUCUUUUGACCUGUGCCACGUCAUCUCAAUCUUUGGCCCCCCUGCUCUCGCAAGCUCAUGCCAUGGCCGCCGUCGCUGCCACCGCGCCGGCGACCUCCGUGACCGCCGCUACCUUCUCGCCAUCCCUCCCAUUGCUCUCUCGCUACCAACUCCCCCGCGCCCACCGGGCCGCGUCCACCGUGGCGUUCGCCGCGCGCCGCUUCCGCGGCGUAAACCCUAGCAGCGACCGCCCCCGCGGGAGGCGCGCCUCCGUCCCGGCCGCUCCCACCACCUCCGCCGCCCGCGACGACGGCGGCGGCGGCGGCGGCAUCGAUGCCCUCGAGGCGGAGCUCUGGCGCCUCCAUCGCCGGGCGGAGCUGCGCCUUCACCGCCUCGCCGCCGAGGCCGACGAGGCCUACCGCGACCUCCGCUACUCCGCCCGCGUCGUCGGCGGGGACCGCGUCGUCCUCACCUUCCGCCGCUCGUCCCUGCGCUUCGCCGCCGCCGCGCUCCUCUGGUCGCUCGCGCUCUCCGCCGCGGCGUGGGCGCUGCUGGGGUGGGCCGUCCGCGCCUGGCAGCGGCGGGGCCUGGGGUGGCGCGGAGGGGAAGGCGCGGCCGUAGUGCGGAGGAGGGACCGCAGCCUGGGUGGCAAGGAGGUGGUGGUCGCUGUGUCGUCGUCCCCGGUGGCGGCUCCAGUCAGCCGUGUGCCUGAGCCGGCAAGAGAGGUCAAGAGGAGGGAACCAAAGGCAAGGCUUCCGGAAUGGUGGCCGGAAUUGAGAGAGGAGGUGGUGGUGGAUCAGGGGCCAGGGAUGGAAAAGUGGGCGAGAUUAGCGAAUAGAUUGGUCCGAGCAAUCAUUGAUAAUAGAAUCACGGGGAAGGAUUACAAAUAUGAUGAUGCAAUUCAACUAAGGCAAUUAUGCAAGAUAUCAGGUGUAAAGGUCUCUUUUGACACAGAGAAUGCUCGUGAUUCUUUCUAUAGGGCGGCAAUAAACUUUGUUCUGGAUGAUUGCAGCAGAGCAGCACAAGACAUUGGAGCAGCACAAAUCAGUGGGGAGAAUCCAAGGAAUUUUCUUGCUGGUCUUGCUAGCAAUAUUGGAUUGGAUAAAUUCCGUGCUGCCACACUUGUUUGUGCAUCAGUUGCUGCUCGCACACGUUCUUUGUUCUUGCAAUGCUGGGCACUAGAGAUGCAAGGAAAACGGUCAGAGGCUCUAGAUGAGCUCUCAAAGAUUUGUAGAAUUCAUAACAUGUUCCCUCCAGAGGAAAAUUCUGCGGAAAUGGAAAUGGUUGCUGGUGGACUUAAGAAGAAUUUACAAGUUGCGGAAAGGGUUCAUCUCUUAUCUCUAUAUAGGAGCAUCUGUACUGCUGGUAAUAUCAGAACUGCUGCAGAAGCUCUUGGCCUGAGCUUACCAGAUCAAUGAGAAUGCAGAUGCUGCUGGAGGACUCAUUCUGUCCAUAUUUUUCUAGUUCCAACUUCUAAUUGCGACAACUCUAUUCGGAGUCUCGAAGCCACCAAAAAAGAUUGGUAGUGGGAGAUUUUGGCAUCCUCAGCCAUCAGGUCUCCAGAAGAUGCUGAUUCAGGAGCGAAGCAAACCACAGGAACAGUUCCAGGCGGAACAUGUUGUCCCCAAGAAAGAAUGAUACCGACACAUCAUUUGUUCUCCGUGGCAUCCGAUUUUGAUACAACAUUAGCUUACACAUUUGACAGUUUCACAGGAUGUAAGAUGUUGCAUUGAGCAGCUUCUUUUUGUAAGAUUUUGCAGUGCAGAAGCACAAAGGUGCUUGGUCGUGGUACGAGAUGUUUCUUUAAACUCGCAGAUAGUACUUGCCAAGUUGCCAUUGUCCUUCAAGGUUGAAAAUUGCGAUCCAUUUUACAGUACGGCCUGAGGGGACUUUCUGUCCCUGUCGGUGUCCUCUCUCCAGGCGAUAAAGGAGGUCCCUCUCCGUCCGGCCCCUUUCCUUUAUCAAUUCCGGUGGUUCCGGUUGCCGGCAAUGGGGAAGGGGGUAUAGUUCUUCCCGUACCCUAAUUGUUUUCUCUUCUUCUUUGGUGCUUUUGUGUAGUUCAUCAGCAUCGUGUUUCUCUUGUCCCAGUUCUUUUCCAUGGAUUCUGGCCAAAUCCAUCCAUGGAGUGGUCUUUGGGUUUUGCCAUGAACGCUCCCCGACUGGAAGUAAAGCAAGUUUGCUUCACAAACGGUUGCGCCGGGCAUUUUGUUCAUCUCCGGCGAGGCAACCUUGGAUGCAAGCCUAGGAGAGAAGCUGAGAGUUUUUAUUGUUUUACAAUGGAAGCCUCAACCUUCAAGUGGAGGUCUCUUUUGGGUAUGCUUCCUUGCACUUUCAUCUGUAGCUACUCAUAGUUUCUUCAUCACCGUCCUCGUCAUGAUCAAGCUUGCAAGUUGCAACCUAGUGGAAAAGAGAAGGACUUGGUUGUUUUUUCUAGUUUCUUUAGAAGUCCAUAGCAAUUUUCAUGAGCUUAUGUCAAUUUGACAAUCUUCAAGGGGCCUUUAUGCAAAACUGCUUGUACUUGCAGUUGACUCUCCACUAGGGAUAACUCAUGUGAUAUGUACUUAGUUAUCUAUAAUCAAUAAAAUACAUGAGUUUUCAAAA